ACCUAAUUGAUUUAGGAAAAUACAUAUUGGCCUAGUUUUGUAAAAGCAUUUUUGACAUCUCGCAAUUCUCCAUGGGUGAGGGUGGCGACAUCUGGCUACAUGGAAAAUGUUUGCGGGAGCUAUUGCCCGACCCAUUGCCUUCCUACAUAAAUGGCGGAAGACCAUUCGUGCCGAAGCCUUCCACGGCGGCGGCGGCGGUGGUGGUCAACGAGAACGGGGAGGUGCAGGAGCGCCGGCGGCCGGCGAAAGCGGCCGACGUUCUGUCGGAGAAUCCGGACUGCUUCCUCUCCAACUCGGAUUCGAUGGGCGUCGACUCCGAGAUACCUCAGGUGCGGGGAGACGAGGACCUCGAGGUCGGGCAGCUCUACUUCCUCCUGCCCGUCUCCAGGGCCCGCUCCCCGCUCUCUCUCCAGGACAUGUGCAGGCUCGCCCCCAGUGCCAGCGCCGCCCUCAACGGCUACUUCUCUCCGGCCGCCGGAGCUGUUUCCCGCCGCCGGGGGGUUUGGAGGAGCAGAGCUUCUAGGCCUUUGGUGGCCUUGUUUGACUGGGCUUUGACUGUGCGUUGUGACAAAAUUCUGUUAGUACUGCGUACGGGAAGGGAUCAAAUUGCGUAAUACCCGAAUAAUUAUAUGGUUCAAUUUCUGUUUUAAUAUGAAGUGCGCGCCUUUUAUUUAUUCCCUUGUUUUAUGGGAACAAAAAUAUGGCAGGGUUGUAAUUAUAAUAAAAGUAUUGUUUUUUUCUUGUGUAUCACAUACAUGUAUACAUCACACGUAUAUUUUUAGUCUUAUCUCUAACAAAUACUCCGUAUUUCACAUUUUUACCUAUAAGAGUGAUUUACGAGGUGUAUAACAUAGUAAAGUUUGCACUGAAUA